AAAGAAUUAAGACAAUAGGGGGUGCGCGAAGCGUCAAGACUGGAAUAAUGUGUUGCGCGUUCAGUGCGUUCAUCACCAUGGCCAUAAAAGCCCGACACGGAGAAAGGACGUGUGUUGUCACUGCAAGAGCCAAAACGGUGCAGUACACACUCCCCCCACUCCCUCCUUCCUUCCCCCUUGAUCACAAUGACUGACUACCCCCAUUUCAUUCAAAAAGCCUUCCUUAUUCCACACAAAAACAACACAGGGACCAAGACACUUACAUGAAUCAGAGAUGCAAACGAGACCAGGACAUAAACCGCCAACUAGAAAAGGCAGGCCGACGGACGUCCCAUUGUAUGUCUGUCAGACUCUGUCUGCAUUACAGCUCCGCCUUGGUGGGCUUGUCUUUUGUGGUGGUGCCGCCCUUGCUGAGGCGAUCGAGGGCAGAGAAGGCGAGAUAUGGAUGGAGGGCGGCUGAAACAAACAACACAGAAUGGAAUUUCAUGCACCGACCUGAAGUGCUCACAUUGCCCACUGACCUCCGAUGUCCAGCACUCGCUCGUCGAGGGCGAACUCGGGAUUGUGGACAGACACCGAAGUAGACGGCUGGCCAUAAAUGCCCUUGCCGUCACUGCACACGCUCAUGGAUACACACAGCACACCAUAGGAAUCAUCCUGUGGACGUCCCCUGCGCACUCACGCGUGUCCCAGCAGCACGAACAGGGCAGGGACGGCCUCGGUGAAGAAAGAGAAAUCCUGCACUCAUCGAAUCCAUGGAUCGAUGUGAAACCACCGGGGAUGGCUGGUGGCCGUCUGUGCGUCUGUGUGUGUGUGCGCCCCUCCCUCCCAACCUCUCCGCCCAUCGUGGGAGGGACCUCAGUGACAGACAGGGGGAAGUCCAGGAGGCCGGCAGGCAGCGAAUCGCUGGCCUCGGACAUCACCUGGCAGGCACACACACAGCAAGUGCACGAAGUGUCUGUCAGUGUGUCGUCACGCAUCCCAUCCUUUGUGUCCUGUCCUACCUCAGUGAACAUGGUCCACAUGUCGUUAUCGUUGAGGGUGGGCGGCGCAAAGUCCUUGAGGUACGUCACUGCAUCAAGAUGUUUUAACACACCAUUACGCACGGAUGAGAUGGUCUCUGUGGGGCUGUGUGUGUGCACGAGGUGUACGAGGUCACCUGUCGCAUUGAGGCGGUUUGCCUGAGCGAUCGACUCGGACAUCGACCGUAUCCGCUCACGCAGCUCCAGGACAGCCGCCGAUGAAAGCGUGCGGAAUGUGCCUGCGUGUGUGGAAAAGAUGGAGGGCCACACGGUCAUGUGCAGUGUGUGCGCUGCGCUGGGGGUGGGGGCGGGGGCGAUGUGCAGAGACGCACCUUUGAGCAUAGCCCAGUCAGGAAUGACGUUGUUGGCAUCUGAAUCUGUCUGCACACACACACACACGCAAUGAUGGAGACCCCUCCCCUCAGCUGUGUGGAUGUCGCCUACACGCAGGACGGUGACCGACACCACUUUAGACUCUAUGGGGUCCGUAUCUCGCGACACCAGGGUCUGCAGUGCCAGUGCCAGCUGAGCAGCCCCUGGGACGGGGUCAAUCGCCAAGUGAGGCAUCGCAGCGUGGCCGCCAACCCCUUGCAGCUUGAUAUCAAAGCUGCCAUCAACACGCAACAGAAAUGAUGAAUGAACGAUCUACCGCAGCAGUUGUGUGCUGUGUGUGUGACGCUACAAGUCUCCGGCAGCCAGGAGGGGGCCCCCACGGCCACCCAACGUGCCAGUGGGAAGCUUGGGCCACACGUGGAAGCCGAAGAUCUGCUGCACAGGUGGGUACUGCGUCAAGACGCCCUGUGUGCGUAUUGAUUGACAAACACACAAUCCGCACAGACAUUCAGGGAAACCUUAUGCGGUGGGUGAGCGUCGGCACACCUCUUCUCGCAUCAUCAGUGCCCCAGGGCCGCCCUCCUCUGCACCCACCCACCCACACACACACACAAGCAAGACACAUUCGCAAAGACGUGUUGGUGGAUAUGCACUGCACCGAUCCAGUCCCUCACCUGCAGGCUGAAAGAUCAACCUAAUCGUGCCCUACAACGAGACAGGCAGACAGACAGGGAGAGAGUGUCUGUCGUAUCGACCUGAUGUCUAGCUUGCGCCUUUGCGGACCUGAAUGUCCUUCUCCCUCUCUUUGAGGAGCUUGGCUGCUGCGAGCAGCAUCGUCGUGUGGGCGUCGUGGCCACACGCGUGCCUGACAGACACGGACAGACAGACAGACAGACAGGCAGACGGACGGACGGACGGACGGACAGACAGACAGACAGACAGACAGACAGACAACGGCCACUGCUUGUGGUGCUGUGACCGUCCGUCCGUGGCGACCUACAUUCGGCCAGGGUGAGUCGACUUGAAGUCUGAUCGAUGCACACAAGCAAGCAAGCAAUGGAUCAAUGGGUGAACAUAUGCGCGCGCCGUGCACACAAACCGAGAUCGGUUUCCUCCUGUAUCGGCAGCCCGUCAAUGUCGGCUGCAGGAAGGAAAAUACAUAAGCGCACCAGGUCCAUCCAUCCAUCCAUCGAGUUUACCUCGGAGAGCGACGCACGGCGGCUUCCCAGUGCCCAGGUCAGCCACCACCCCUGCAGUGGCCACACGGCACGGCACAGGGCGCCAUGUACGUCUGUCUGUCCGUAUGCCCCCCAUCGACACUCCAGCACUGCUCAACACCCACCCCACUGACCCACCCACCUGUGCCUCCCGGCGGUCCGUCCGGCCCAGCGUUGGCAUUCUUGCCCCACCCAGUCGUGUAUUUGACGCCGAUCUGCACACACAGAUCAGUGGCCGACGGCAAUUAAUGUGUGUGGGCACUCAUGCGAUGCGAUGAGUGACCUCGUCGAGCGUCUGCUGGAUGAAUUGUGACGUCUUGAACUCCCGGAAGAACAGCUCCGGGAUCUGGUGGAGAUGCCGCCGCUUGCUUGAGGUCCAGGCAUGGAUGUCUUUUGCCUCGCUGAUCAGAUCUGCGAAGGGCACUGCCGAGGCACGAUGGCUUAGGAGCACCGAGGAAGACAGCAGGACGAGAAGCCGCGAAGAUGGAGUCAUUGCGAAGGCACAAUCUUGGAGAUGAGAAGAAGGAGCAGCGUUUCCAGGCGGAACAGGCAGCGGUUUCAGG